GCAUUCACUCGGCAGCACUUGGCCGAGACAGCUCGUCAAAUAACCGGACAACUAAUGAGACAUUUGCGUGCUGAGGUGCGUGGGCAGGCUAUGAGCAUUUUCGGCUCGAUUGACGUUUUCGGCAACCCUGCUGGCCUUAUGCAUGACCUGGCCAUUGGGCUACGCCAUGGCCUUGUUGACUUGGACAUGGCCGGUCUCGUGAGAAACGUCGCCCACGGCGUCUGCGACAGCACAGCCAAAGUCGUGGGUGGUAUGUCUCACUUGGUCAGCACAAUUUCAAUGGAUGAACGUCACCAACUGCAACGUAAAUUGAUUCUCGGCAGCCUUUUCGGUGACGGCUCUAUUAAUCGGCGCGUUAUCAUGGCGUCCAGUCCAGCUGGUACCCAUACAGUCAGUGCGAAUACGUCUGAGGCUCCUCCUUCCACUCAUACCUCCGGCCAAACUGACCCGAAGCAUAAAGCCCUUAGAAAGAGUUUUAUCGGCGUUUCAAGCAGAAGCAUCUCUGGGCAAUUGCCAAAAUCUCCCGGAUCCCAGACCUCGGCUUCUUCCGUGUCUCCUCUCCAUUCCUCAGCUAUUGCACCAAAGACCAACUUGCCUCCCGUAGCUGCGGCCUCUGCGGCGGCGGCAGCACAUGCGGCGUUGCAAGACCUAGCCUUUCUGGAGGAUGAAGAAGGUAAUCAAUCCGUGACUGCUCCACUAGCCGCUGGUUUUCGGGGUUUCAUGCAUGGUCUUUUCGGUGGAAUUACCUCAAUGGUCACACAGCCAUAUCAAGGAGUUAAGGAGGAUCAGUUCAAGGUAUAG